UUUCUUCCCUUUUUUUUCUUUUUCUUUCAAACAACCUACAAUAUGAUGUCCAAAAGGCGUCAAACGCUAGGUUUACAGAUCCUGGCAGCAUUAGCCAUCUUUAUGACUGUAGCUUAUUAUAUUAUACCUACUCCUCCUACUUCUUCAAAUACUUCAUCUAACAAUUUGGCUUUUGCCACCACUAGUGAUGACAGGCACAACACUACUACUCGCGUCAAAGCAGCCUUUGUUAUAUUGGCACGUAAUAGCAAUUUGGACGGUGUAAGACAAUCUAUGCGACAAAUGGAAGACCGUUUCAACAGAAAAUUCAAUUAUCCUUAUGUAUUCUUGAAUGACGACGAAUUUACCGACGAAUUCAAGGAACUCACUACAUCCAUGACAAAAGCAAGAACACUAUAUGGCAAGAUUGAUACUAGUCAUUGGGGUUAUCCUUCUUUUAUUGAUCAAGAAAAGGCGGCUGAAACAAGAAAAAACAUGGCUCAUGUUAUUUAUGGUGAUAGUGAAUCUUACAGACAUAUGUGCAGAUAUCAAUCUGGAUUUUUCUUUAGGCAUCCUUUAUUAGAUGAAUUUGAAUACUAUUGGCGUGUGGAACCUGAUAUCAAUUAUUAUUGUGAUGUAGAUUAUGAUGUUUUUCAAAUGAUGAAGGACAAUAAUUUCAAAUAUGGAUGGACUCUUUCUUUGACAGAAUAUCCAGAAACGAUCCCUACUUUAUGGAAAACCACCAAGGAAUUUAUGGAGAAACAUCCUGAACAUCUUACCAAUGGUCCAAGUAGCUUACGAAAAUGGUUGACAGAUGAUGGAUUUGAAAAUUACAAUGGAUGUCACUUUUGGUCCAAUUUUGAGGUUGGUUCUUUGGAGUUUUUACGUAGUCAAAAAUAUUUGGAUUAUUUUGAACAUUUGGAUCAUGCUGGAGGUUUCUUCUAUGAACGUUGGGGUGAUGCGCCUGUACAUUCUUUGGCCGUGGCUAUGAUGUUACCGAAAGAACAAGUUCAUUUCUUCAAUGAUAUUGGUUAUUUCCAUAAUCCUCUUAUGCAUUGUCCUACUGAAAGAUAUUUACAACGAAAUUGUCAUUGUCCUGCUGAAAAGAAUUUUGAUUGGGAAGGUUGGAGUUGUGCAACUAGAUAUAAGAAAUUGGAUCCUGGCUUUGUUUGGGAUGAACAAACUUAUAGAAGAAAAACCGACCCUUAUCGUAUAUAGUUGCUCGAUAUAUCUAUUCUC